AUGACCGCAUUCCGGCCUGCUCUAGUUAUCGUCGAUGUCCAAGAAGACUUCUGUCCUCCGAGUGGAGCGCUCGCCGUUCAGGAUGGCCGGGACAUCGUUCCUGCUAUCAAUGAACUCUUGUCCCUCGACUUCGUACUCAAAGUAGCGACGAAAGACUUCCACCCUCCAGAUCACGUCUCCUUUGCUUCGAAUCAUACCGAGCCGAAUAAUAAGCCUUUUGAAUCUCUCAUCACGAUUCAGAAUCCUCUCAAUCCGGAAGAAACGCAAGAGACUCGCCUUUGGCCGGAUCACUGCGUACAGGGGACGAUGGGCUCCGAGCUACUGCCCGAGCUCAACGCUACAGAAUUUCACCAUAUCGUGGAGAAAGGACAGGAUAAGCGCGUUGAGAUGUAUUCUGCAUUUGCAGAUCCAUUCGUAAAUCCAAACGUUUCCCGUAGCGAGCUAGCCAAGCUGCUGCGCGACAAGCAGAUCUCUGAUGUCUAUAUUGCGGGCCUGGCUGCGGAUUACUGUGUCAAAUACACAGCUCUCGAUGCGGCAAAGGAAGGGUUCAAAACCUGGGUCUUGCCGGAAGUGACAAAAGCUGUUGACCCGACAUCUCUAGAAGAUGUACAUAAAGGAUAUGAGACGGCCGGCAUCUCUCUCAUUACCGUGGACGCUACUCGUCAGCGCUUGGAAGGGGCCGGAACCUAAAGCAGAACCUGAAGUUAGACGCCAUGUGACGGUCAUUUGAGCAUACUGCAUACUUUGAUUGAAUCUGACCUACGGAAAGCGGCGCAGGCGGCUAGAUGAUACCCGAUGAAUUGGCAUAGCUCCUCUUCAUCACAGACAAACUAGAUAGACUUGUGUAUAAUUCAAGU